CCCAACGAGUAAUCGCAAGGGCAUGGAAAUCUCGCACCACUCCGCCUUUAGAAUUAGUACUAGCAGAAAUGGAUACCCAAAGUAUAUACGAGAACCAAUUCCAUACAGUAUGCCCUCCCAAUGUAACAACAUUGGCUACUUGGGAGAGAUGGGAGAACUGGAGACGAAAUCACCCGCCAUAACAACUGCCUACCACACACCCCCCUAUGACACAGGGCAUCUGGGAGGGAGACAUGAUGAGUGGCCAAGCCAAGGGAUAGCGGACACUCGACAAAGCGCAGCGAGGUCAAUAGAAACCUACAAAG